CUUACUUCCUUACUGAGACGUUGGUGUUGGGAUAUAAAUCAGUGCCAAACAUUUUGUGCUCCCUCUUUCCAACUGACUGCACAAAGCCAUGGCUACUGUAGGAAAGGUAAUUAAAUGUCAGGCUGCUGUUGCCUGGGAGCCCAAUGUUCCAAUGGUGAUAGAAGAGAUCGAAGUGGCUCCACCCCAAGCAAAUGAAAUACGAAUCAAGGUGAUAGCUACAGGUGUGUGUCACACCGACCUCUACCACCUGUUUGAGGGGAAGAACAAGGAGGGUUUCCCUGCUGUCCUGGGCCAUGAGGGUGCAGGUGUGGUGGAGAGUGUUGGGCCUGGGGUAACCGAGUUCAAACCAGGUGAUAAAGUCAUUCCCCUUUUCCUCUCUCAGUGUAGAGAGUGCAGGUUUUGCAAGUGCCCAAAGACUAACUUGUGUGAUCAGAGUUGGUCUAGCGAUCGGUAUGCUCAGAUGUCAGACACCACCACACGCUUCUCGUGUCGUGGUCAGCCCAUCCUGCAGUUCAUGGGCACCAGCACCUUUUCGGAGUAUACCGUCCUGAACCAGGUUGCCGUGGCGAAGAUCCACGAUGAUGCCCCACUUGAACGCGUAUGCCUGCUUGGUUGUGGCAUCUCAACCGGCUACGGAGCCGCUAUCAACACUGCCAAGGUGGAGCCAGGGUCUGUGUGUGCAGUGUUCGGGCUGGGUGCAGUGGGCCUUGCCGCUGUCAUGGGCUGCAAAAAUGCUGGCGCUUCCAGGAUCAUUGGUGACAUAAAUGAACAGAAGUUUGAAAAGGCCAAGAUCUUUGGAGCCACGGACUUUGUAAACCCGAAAUCGCACAAAAAGCCCAUCAGUGAGGUUCUGGCAGAAAUGACCAAUGGGGUAGACUUCUCAAUGGAGUGCGUGGGCAAUGGGGCUGUUAUGAGGAGUGCGCUGGAGUCCUGUGUUAAAGGCUGGGGAGUGAGUGUGCUGGUUGGUUGGACUGAUGUUCAGGACUUCUCUGCUCGGCCAAUUCAACUAAUUUCUGGAAAGACCUGGAAGGGAUCCCUUUUUGGGGGCUUUAAGAGUAAGGAUUCUGUCCCAAAGCUAGUGCUGGACUACAUGGCUGGGCGUAUAAUGCUGGACGAGUUUGUGACACACACUAUGAGUCUGGAUCAGGUCAACCACGCUGUUCAGCUCAUGAAAACUGGCGGCUGCAUUCGAACCAUCAUAAAUCCAUCCAAAUGAGAAGUCGAUGGCCGGUCAAAUACCAUAGCUGUCUUCUCCUUCAGCUAAAUUAUUUGGUUUUAUUAUAAAAUCGGUGCUCUUAAGUCCUAUAGUACUCCUAAAACAUAAAUUUGUGCACAUUUAUUAAUUUUAAAAAAAUUGCCUAAAUUUAUGUUAGUUCAGUGAUAAUAUAAAGAGAUAAAAUAAAGAGAAAAUAUAAGCUGUAGUGGCGAAGUUGAUCUAUCUACUCAUUUUCUCUUUUUCAACUGAUUCUACACCAUGUGCAACACCCUCCCUUUCGAAACAUGAAGAGUUAGGAAAAAUUCUGGAAUACAUCCACUCGCAUAUUUCUCCAGAAGACUGAAGCCAACAGAUAAAUUUACAUCCAAACAUCUUUAACAAAUACAAUCUGUGGACUUCAUACGUGUUUCUUUUCUGAUUUUAACACUUUGUUUUGUUCACUGGCAAGUUCACCCAGAAGCAUAAACCAGAGCUAGUCAUUUCCACAGACUCCUUUUUAACAUUUACUCAUCUACUGCUGUGUAAAUUGGAUGAACUCCAACUGCUAAGAAUCUCCCUAAAUAAACAUGUCCCCU